AGCGCAGGCGCGAACCUAAAUGCAGCCUGCCAGUAGUGUGCGCGGUGACAGCUGCACUGAUGAUAUCGAUGAACGCAGUGUCCAGCGGUAAUAACAACCCGCAUAGCACCCACAGUAAGAAGCAUAAGAAGAAAGGAAAGAAACAUCGAAAAGGAUCCGGUGACAACCUCCCCAGUUUGGAUAUUGGGUCCCAGAUUCCCACUGCAGAUGAGUUGUGUCGCAUCCUCACAAUACACAGGCCUGCAACUCCACCAAAAACCUCUCCCACCCCUCUCCUCAACCUGUCCCAGAGGCCCCCGGACCUCCAACCCCCGGACCUCCAACCCCCUGCCCUCCAACCCCCUGCCCUACUCAACAUCUCCCAGAGCCCUCCCCAUCUCUUGCGUCCUUCCGCUUUAACCACCAGGCCACUUCCUAUACCACUAACUCCCUCCUCUGACACUCCGUCCACCCCCGUACUGUCCACCCCCGUACUGUCCACCCCUGUACUGUCCUCUCCCAUAGCACCCUCACUAGGGAUCCCUCCAAUUCUGUUCUCUACUCCACCUAAACCACUGACCUCCUCAUCUCAGACCACCUCUCCGCAGGCUCUCAGCCCACCCCCACCUGACUUCACCCCUCCACCAACAGAGCUGCUCGGAUCAGAUGAUGAGGAGCAGGAGGACCCAUCAGAUUACUGCAAAGGUGGGUACUACCCAGUGAAGAUUGGAGACUUGUUCAAUGGCCGAUAUCACGUAGUCAGAAAGCUUGGUUGGGGUCACUUCUCUACUGUAUGGCUAUGCUGGGACCUGCAGAGGAAGCGCUUUGUGGCACUGAAAGUGGUGAAGAGUGCUCUGCAUUACACAGAGACGGCGCUGGAUGAGAUUAAACUGCUCAGAUGUGUGCGAGACAGUGACCCUACAGACCCCAAACGUGAGACCAUUGUACAGCUUAUUGAUGACUUUAAGAUAUCCGGGGUCAAUGGCGUGCAUGUGUGUAUGGUGCUGGAGGUUCUGGGUCACCAGCUGCUGAAGUGGAUCAUCAAGUCCAACUAUAUGGGCCUUCCUCUAGUCUGUGUGAAGAGCAUUCUCCGACAGGUUCUGCAGGGCCUGGACUACCUGCACACCAAAUGUAAGAUCAUCCACACCGACAUCAAGCCGGAGAACAUCCUGCUGGAUGUAGAUGAGGUGUACGUCAGACGGCUGGCUGCAGAGGCCACUGUGUGGCAGCAGUCAGGAGCCCCUCCUCCCUCGGGCUCCUCAGUUAGCACCGCCCCAAGGGAGAACCAGAAUGGCAAGGUGACCAAGAACAAGAAGAAGAAGCUGAAGAGGAAGGCCAAGCGGCAGCAGCGUCUGCUGGAGGAGAGACUGGUGGACCUUCAGAAGAUGGAGGAUCUGGACGGGACUUCUCCACCAGACCCUUCCAACCCUCUACGCACCCCCUGCGGACAGGACGACAACGCUGGGGACCCAGAGAGGAACUCCAACGACUCCUCUGUGGUGAAGGGGAAUGAAAACGGGAACUGCUACACCCACGUCUCGUCCACGGCUAACACCAAGGCCAACCCGGAGUCUGGCUCGUUGUGGAUCGAGGAGGGUUGGAACGGCCACAACCCCAUGCGUUUCUGCAGCCCUGGCUCUGGGAUGUCGGCUGGCUCUGGGAUGUCAGGGAUGUCGGCUGGCUCCAUACUGUCAGCCACGUCUGAGUCAGCACUGUCUACCCUGUCAGGCUACUCCACCGGGAGAGACAGCCAACGCUCCGGACUGUCCCCCAGCAUGUUCAGCGCAGCAGAUUUCCUGGUCAAUCCCCUGGAACCACAGAAUGCUGACAAAAUACGCAUCAAGAUAGCAGACCUGGGCAAUGCCUGUUGGGUGCACAAACACUUCACAGAAGACAUCCAGACACGUCAGUACCGUGCCCUGGAGGUGUUGAUAGGGGCAGAAUAUGGCACUCCAGCAGACAUCUGGAGCGUAGCCUGCAUGGCGUUUGAGUUGGCUACAGGGGACUACCUGUUCGAGCCCCACUCAGGAGAGGACUACACUAGAGAUGAAGAUCACAUUGCACACAUCAUUGAGUUAAUGGGAGCCAUUCCGCCCCCUUUUGCUCUGUCUGGGAGAUAUUCACGAGAAUACUUUGACAGGCGAGGUGAGCUGAGGCACAUAGCCAACCUGAAGCCAUGGGGUCUGUUUGAGGUGCUGUUGGAGAAGUAUGAGUGGCCACUGGAGCAGGCGGCCCAGUUCAGUGACUUCCUCCUCACCAUGCUGGACGUCACACCAGAAAAGAGAGCCACUGCCGCUCAGUGUUUGCAGCACCCCUGGCUCAACUUGUAGACUACUGUCCACCAUCACCACAACACAACUACCAUGCGUCUAACCUUUACUGUAUACCACUGAGUCCAUACUGUACCACUAAGUCAGUGUGGUUAUUCUCAGCCUAGAUGGAGAUCUUUUCUAAAGUUAAUAUAAACUGACGUUACCAUUACUCUGAGCACAUAAGUAGCAGUAACUUAAAUCUACAGAUUCUUUGUAUUUAUUAAAGCAGCAUUACAGGUUCUAUAAAUGGUUGGGAUGAA